ACAAAUAUGAAUAGUUCUGAAAUCAAUGGCAUAUUAUGUAAUAGAUGUGGAAAUACCACUAACAGCAAUAAUACUAGCGCCAACAAUGAAUGCAUUGAGUGCAAAGACAAUAGACUUAACGGAGGAGAUUCCUCGUUAUACUCUGAUAGUUAUUUACCGGGCAUUUUAUUAUUGGGAUAUACAAUUAAAAAGCAUCAUCCAAAUCACAAAAUGUAUUUAAUUUUUUUCCCUGAUAAAUUGUCAGAAAAUACGAUUUGCCAAGUGAAGAAAAUUGGUUGGAUACCAAAAAUUGUAGAGAGAAUUCCUCCACCAUGGGAAGGUGUUCAUUUUACUUUUGUAGAUCAGUUUACAAAACUACAAAUGUGGUCGUUCACCGAAUAUGAUGCUUUGAUUUACAUUGAUGGCGAUGCGAUUUUAACAAACAAAAUCGACCAUUUAUUCGAAUUAGUUAAUGGUAAAACUGGGUUCGAAUUUGCUGCUGCUCCUGAUGUCUGGAAUGGAAGAACAACCGUCAAUUUUAAUGCUGGAUUAAUGUUGAUAAAACCAAAUGAAGCGGUCUUCAAAGAAAUAAUGAGAGUACAUAAGAUACGUGGAACAUAUGAUAUAGAUUUUGCUGAGCAAGCAUUCCUAAAUGAAUAUUUCAGAUUCAGAGGUUUGCAAUUGCCACAAAUAUAUAAUACUAAUAUAUCAAUGAUGAAUGCGUAUCCACAUUUAUGGAAAAUGUUAUUGAAUGAUAUGAAAGUUGUACAUUACACUUCACGAAAACCAUUCAUCAAACCAAAUCCAGGAAUAUUCAAAGAACCUUAUGAUCUAUGGAAUCAAUUAUAUCAAGAAAUGGAAGCUAAUAUAAAUUUAAAAAGAAUAGAAAAAGAUUGUCAUGUUGUUAACAAUUAUUUUUGA